GGGACCAAGGGCAGCAUGUCGUCCGGGGCCAAGGAGGGAGGCGGGGGCUCCCCCGCGUACCACCUCCCGCACCCGCACCCGCAUCCCCCCCAGCACGCCCAGUAUGUGGGGCCCUAUCGGCUGGAGAAGACGCUGGGCAAAGGCCAGACAGGGCUGGUUAAGCUGGGCGUCCACUGCAUCACAGGCCAGAAGGUCGCCAUCAAGAUCGUGAAUCGGGAGAAGCUGUCGGAAUCGGUGCUGAUGAAGGUGGAGCGGGAGAUCGCCAUCCUGAAGCUCAUCGAACACCCACACGUCCUCAAGCUGCACGACGUCUACGAGAACAAGAAAUAUUUGUACCUGGUUCUGGAGCAUGUCUCUGGAGGUGAGCUGUUUGACUACCUGGUAAAGAAGGGGAGACUGACCCCCAAGGAGGCCCGGAAGUUCUUCCGCCAGAUCGUGUCAGCGCUGGACUUCUGCCACAGCUACUCCAUCUGCCACAGAGACCUGAAGCCGGAGAACCUGCUGCUGGACGAGAAGAACAACAUCCGCAUCGCGGACUUCGGCAUGGCGUCCCUGCAGGUGGGGGACAGCCUCCUGGAGACGAGCUGCGGGUCCCCGCACUAUGCGUGUCCGGAGGUGAUUAAGGGGGAGAAGUACGACGGCCGCAGGGCGGACAUGUGGAGCUGCGGGGUCAUCCUCUUCGCCCUGCUGGUGGGGGCUCUGCCCUUCGAUGAUGACAACCUCCGCCAGCUGCUGGAGAAGGUGAAACGGGGUGUCUUCCACAUGCCCCACUUCAUCCCGCCGGACUGCCAGAGCCUCCUGCGGGGCAUGAUCGAGGUGGAGCCCGAGAAGAGGCUCAGUCUGGAGCAGAUUCAGAAACAUCCUUGGUACCUGGGUGGGAAGCAUGAGCCGGAUCCGUGCUUGGAGCCGACCCCAGGCCGCAGGGUGGCCAUGCGGAGCCUGCCGUCCAACGGGGAGCUGGACCCCGACGUCCUGGAGAGCAUGGCUUCGCUGGGCUGCUUCAGGGACCGGGAGCGGCUGCACCGCGAGCUGCGCAGCGAGGAGGAGAACCAAGAAAAGAUGAUCUACUACCUGCUUUUGGACCGGAAGGAGCGGUACCCCAGCUGUGAGGACCAGGACCUGCCUCCCCGCAAUGAUGUUGACCCCCCUCGGAAGCGAGUGGACUCCCCCAUGCUAAGCCGGCACGGGAAGCGGCGGCCAGAGCGGAAGUCCAUGGAAGUCCUGAGCAUCACGGAUGCGGGCGGCGGCGGCUCCCCGGUGCCCACCCGGCGGGCCCUGGAGAUGGCCCAGCACAGUCAGAGAUCCCGUAGCGUCAGUGGAGCCUCCACCGGCCUGUCCUCCAGUCCUCUGAGCAGUCCGCGGAGUCCGGUCUUUUCCUUCUCACCGGAGCCUGGGGCUGGAGAUGAGGCUCGGGGAGGAGGCUCCCCGACUUCCAAAACGCAGACGCUGCCUUCUCGAGGCCCCAGGGGUGGGGGCGCCGGGGAGCAGCCCCCACCCCCCAGUGCCCGCUCCACUCCCCUGCCUGGACCCCCAGGCUCCCCACGUUCCUCCGGGGGCACCCCCUUGCACUCGCCUCUGCACACUCCCCGGGCCAGCCCCACCGGGACCCCGGGUACGACGCCGCCUCCAAGCCCAGGCGGUGGUGUCGGGGGAGCCGCCUGGAGGAGUCGUCUCAACUCCAUCCGCAACAGCUUCCUGGGCUCCCCUCGUUUCCACCGGCGCAAGAUGCAGGUGCCCACCGCCGAGGAGAUGUCCAGUUUGACGCCGGAGUCCUCUCCAGAGCUGGCAAAACGCUCCUGGUUCGGGAACUUCAUCUCCUUGGACAAAGAAGAACAAAUUUUUCUCGUGCUAAAGGACAAACCUCUCAGUAGCAUCAAAGCGGACAUCGUCCAUGCCUUCCUGUCGAUCCCCAGCCUGAGUCACAGCGUGCUGUCACAGACCAGCUUCAGGGCCGAGUACAAGGCCAGCGGUGGCCCCUCCGUCUUCCAGAAGCCCGUCCGCUUCCAGGUGGACAUCAGCUCCUCUGAGGGACCAGAGCCCUCCCCGCGGCGGGAUGGCGGCGGCGGCGGAGGUGGCGUCUACUCUGUCACCUUCACUCUCCUCUCCGGUCCCAGCCGUCGGUUCAAGCGAGUGGUGGAGACCAUCCAGGCACAGCUGCUGAGCACUCACGACCAGCCCUCCGUGCAGGCCUUGGCAGACGAGAAGAACGGGGCGCAGACCCGGCCUGCCAGCACCCCGCCCCGAAGCCUGCAGCCCCCGCCCGGCCGCCCAGACCCGGAGCUGACCAGCUCUCCCCGCCGAGGCCCCCCCAAGGACAAGAAGCUCCUGGCCACCAACGGGACCCCUCUGCCCUGACCCCAGGGGGCCGGGGAAG